AUGAACAGUAUUUUAUCUGGUCAUUGGAAUUCUUUAUUUAAUACAAGACAUUUGAAAUCAUUUAAAUCAGGUCCUACAAAGACAUCAACUACAACUACUGGUUUUACACCCACUUCUAAUGUGCAGCUUAUCUCGGAAUCUGAAAGUGUAAAACGUCUAAGAAGAAGCAUUCUAGAUCCACGUUCAUAUCAAUCCUUGAGUUUUCUUGCAAUAUUAUUUACAACAAAAUGUAUUUUGCGACCAGAACCAUGUGUUCCACCUUUGAUAGCUACAGUGGAAUUUUACGGUUCAAAUGAUUUGCCGUUAGGAUUAUUUUUGGAGAAAUUUUGUUUCAUGCAACAACAUUGCCGUAAUCCACUUUGUAAUGUAGUUAUGGCUGAUCAUAUUCAAAGAUUUAUUCAAACUUCAGGAUCAGUACAACUUAUGAUUCGUAAAUUGAUUCAAGAUCCACCUCGAUCAGAAGUCUUAUCAGAUAUACCAAAUAUAAGUAGUAAUGAUGCAAAAUAUCGUCGCCAUUGUCGUAUACAAAUGUGGUUAUUCUGUCCAAUAUGUCGUAUUAAUUCACCUAUUAAAUAUAUGUCUGCUGAUACUUGGCAUUUGUCUUUUGUAAAAUUUCUUGACUUAAUAAUAAAUAGUUCUGAUAAUUGGGCUUAUUGUGGUCUAUUGAAUAAAAACUCGGAUGAUACAGUCAAUGAGGUGAACACAACUGAUGCGUCUAAUGAACCAUCACUUAAUUCAGUAAGACAUGGAAUCGACAGUCAAACUAUGAGUCCAAUAUUACAAUUCCAGUGCCCACAUUCUGUUUAUAAAUCUUUAGAACAUUGCUUUGCUUUUGAUCGGAAAUUAGCUAUUUUUAAAUAUCAACCGGUCAAUGUUUAUGAGAUUGUUAUGCCUCCAAAUGAGAUUCGUGUGUUCCCGGUGAAAGUCAAUAAUUCAAAUCACAUGAACACAAAUGAUUUGGAAGAUGGUUACUGCACGGAUAGUACAGACCAUACUACCGCUACUGCUACUAAGUCUCAUAGUCAGUCAGCUCAUCACAAGUGGGGAUCAAAAGUUACUAACCUGCAGAAAACAUCUCACUUACCAAGUUAUCUGUACGCUGAAGCUUCCGACGUUUUAACAAAGUAUUACACUAUAAAUACUGUAAUUAAAUGUCAUAUUGCCAAUCAACAAAAUGAGAAAAUAUCUUGCGAACUGUCCGCUAUGCUCGAGGCCUAUCUAAAAGUUCUUGAAUGUGAUUCCACUCGUAUACUAAUGGAUGAAAGAUCAGAAAUUUUGGAUUUCAUUCUACAUCCAAGUGACAGCAGUCAAAAGGAAAGGUUUUCUAAUAAACAGUAUGUUGAAGACAUACCAGCGGGUAUAUCACAUAGUCUAGGCCCUCUUACAAAGCCUGUAGAAGAUGAUUCUGAAUCAAAUACCAUAGAAAAUGAAAGAUAUCCACACCUGAUAAACAAACGCCAACUACGGAUGAAAAACUCUUUUGUACGACUACAAUCCAGUCACGUUGAAACCGCUGAACAAAGAUGUGAUAUUUCGCAAAAUGAAACCAAAUGUCAUAAUUGGUUCAAACUAAUCUCUAGUUUAAACAGUGUUGAACAGGCCUUAAUUGUACAAAGAUUAAUUAAUGAAUUGAAACGUUGGAUGUAUCGAUUUAUUUCAGAUUGGAAUUUCAGAUUUAAUGAAUAUGAAUUAUUAAUGAAACGAAUUGAAAAAAAUAUACGCGACAAACGGAAAAAGCCGACAUUGUCGUAUAUUUCUACAACAGUUGCUAAUUCGUCUCUUCAUCCAUCACCGAAUCUCCUUUCUCCUUCAGUUCCUUCUCAAGUAACGGUUACAACUUCCGUAUCACAACCACCACCAAUAACAACACCAUUACCCGUUAGUAGUAUCAUAACUAGUUCAAAAAGUGCAAACAAUCUGCUAGAUUCUACAAAAUCAUUUGAACACAACAAUGAUAUGAUUACAAAUCUGUCUUCUUCCAAUCUACCCAUCGAAGUAUCAACAUCUCAAACUGUUUACUUUAAUUCUAUAGAUCAAAAUAUGGACAAAUUUUUAACUGGAAUCGAUUUAAGUAAUAACAUUUCAGUUAAUUCAAAAACACUAAAUAAUGUGUUAACAGUCAGUCAAUCAGAACUUCUAGUUCACUCCAUGAAAAAAGACAGUGAAAUGUACAAGUCUAUUGAAAACACUUCAAGACUUGAUUCUUUUAAGUCUGGUUUUAAUUCAUUUCAUGAUAGCAUUAACCAUGAUUCAAGCCAACAUACAGAAGAUAAUUAUGUUUCUGAUUUGUCUAAGAAUUUACCUAUCUUGGAUCCUUUAAAUUUAAAAGCUGUUUACCAACGGCGCGGUCCGGAAAUCUUUAAUACUGAAUCCUCUUCUCAAAAUCAAUCGAACAAAACUGAAUCUUUAACUCAUCCUAUCCAAAACGAAAUCUCAAUUACGAAUAAUUCUUCCUCUUCUGGUGUGCGUCGCUUUAUUCAUAACUUUUUACCAUCAGCUAUGGAUUUAAAAGUAUUUGGAGAACCGGUCCCACCUCACGAACAUCCUCAACUGACCAUAUGUGAUGAAAGUUGCAUUAACAUUUUAAAACGUAUUGAAACUACUCUCAAUAAAUCAAAUGAAAUCAAAAUGAACAGUUGUGAUUAUAGUCGAUUGUCUGAGUCUCUCUGUCAGUUAUUGCUUGCACAUCCAGAUGUUUAUGUUAAUGAUCGAGAAUUUACUUCAAUUAUAGCUUUUGCUUUAACUACACGAGAAUACGAAAGAAAGUUAGUGGAUUUACAUUUUACCCUUCAAGGCUCACUGCAGCACAGUUCUGAUAUUCAGCUAGGUCAACCUGCUCUUUCUAAUUUUAAGGAUAAUGAGUCAGCUGUUACAACCGAGAAUAUAUUUGGUGCAAAAUGUAUUGGUGAAAAAGAAAGACUAAACAUUCUGUAUGAUGACACUUCCCUAUCGAAUCCAACUGAUGAUGGUUCUUCCAAAAAGUCAGAAACAUCACAAGAAUGUAAUAGAAUACCAUCUUCACCAAAUGUAAGUGAAUUGCGUGAUCAAAAACCGCCUACACAUACUCAUAAUAUAUCUGCCAGUUCUCAUACUACUUCAUUAUCAACAUCUACAACUGACAAAUCCAAUGGGUCUCGAAGUCGUCAUAUUAAAAUACAGUUUUCGGAUAGUUCAACUACUUUCUUCUGUUGUGUGUACUAUGCCUCUGAAUUUUUCCGUUUACGUCAACUUAUAAUGCCUAAUGGAGAUCUGUCUUUCAUACAUUCUUUAUCACGAUGCUAUCAAUGGGAUGCACGUGGUGGUAAAUCAGGUUCCUUAUUCAUGAAAACUCGAGAUGAACGAUUUGUAAUUAAAGAACUAUCUUCAAUUGAAAUGAAAACAUUUCAUGAAAUCUCUCAGGAUUAUUUCGAUUAUCUGAUUACUGCAGCGCUUGAACAACGUCUUUGUGUUUUAUCAAGAAUACUAGGCAUUUUUCAUGUUGGAUUUAAAAAUUCUGCAUCAGGUGAAGCCCAUCGAUUCGAUGUACUUGUAAUGGAAAAUUUAUAUUAUGGACGUACUCAACUGGCAUAUAUUUAUGACUUGAAAGGCUCACUACGUAAACGACUGGUAGAUGAAUCCUUCAAUAAUAUCAACAAUAAUGGAGUUAAUGCAAACUCUAAUACUAUGCCUACAGACCUAGCACAAACAACUGAUGAAAGUACAACUAAUUCCGGUGUUGCAUCGUACCACUCGUUUACAUGCAAUCAGUCAACAACAGUAUCAGAUAGUGGUUUGACUUCAGAGACAACUAGAGUUAAACAUAAUGUACCGGUUCUUCUGGAUCAGAAUUUACUAAAUGCUUCAAUAGAUAAUCCGUUGUAUUUAAGAGUUCAUUCAAAGAAUGCUCUUUCACAUUGUCUAAAUAUGGAUACUGCAUUUUUAGCGAAUCUAUUUAUUAUGGAUUAUUCUCUAUUAGUUGGUGUUGAUACAACAACUAAUCAACUUAUUAUUGGUCUAAUUGAUUAUCUACGUAAAUUUACACUAGAUAAACGUUUAGAAAUGAUUAUUAAACAAACAAUAACUAGUGCACAAGGUCCAAUGCCAACUAUAUUAACACCAGAUUUAUAUCGUGAACGUUUUCUUUAUCAAUUGCAUAGUUAUUUUCCAUUAUUACCGGAUCAAUGGUAUGAUAGUUUAGCUGAACAUACUGAAAAUUGGCGUGUGUCAUCAGUUCAACGUAAAUCACUAUCAGUGAAUAAGACAAAGUGA